AUGCUUGAUUCACUGCCUAGAACCACUCAUUCCGUAGGAAAUAGAGUCAGAAAGUCUCGGACAAGAAUACCCACGUCGUGUUCGACAUGUCGAGCGAAAAAAAUCAAAUGUGAUAAGACCCGGCCCUCAUGCAGCAACUGCCUUUUAAAAGAUGGCGAAACAUGUAAGUACGAAGUACAACCAUGGCCCAAAGAUACGCCCAACGCUGAAGCGGCAAUAGAAAGAUUACAAGAUGAGAUAGUGGGAUUAAAUGAUAAAAUAAAAUCUUUGGAAUCAAAGGUAGAAUUACAGAAACGUGAGUUGGACAAUGCAAGUCUUGCAUCAACGGAUACCUCACCAACGUCGAUGUUCGAUAACAAUGAAAGUAUAAUAACUAAACAACAGGAGCGUAGAGGAACUCUUGAUUUAAGCAAUUUUUCACACCGGUUUUGCAUAAAGAACUUGAAGGUGCUCUAUUUUGGUCCCACAUCCCAUAUGUUUCUACUCUUGAAUGAUAGCUACUCAGUAGAAGUGUUUUCUGAUUAUCUUAAAGAACAGAGCCAAAAGUUCAGACUCAAAUCAACUUCACUAGAAAUACAGAACGAUGCGGCUUUUAGCCAAAACGGUCCUACGUUAGUUGAUUGCACUAAAGUUGAUACUUGUCCUGAUGAACAAUUGCAACUUCCAUCGCUUCCAUCGCUUCGAAUUGUUAACGGUUUGAUUCAACGGUUCUUCAAAUUUUGUUAUAUAUUUGCGCCUAUCAUUGAUGAAAGAAUAUUCAUGAAUGAGGUUGGCCAAAUAUUUAAAAGUAAAGAUAUAAUAAGUCACGAUGAUCUCUGUUAUAGAGGCUCAACGAUUGCCAUACUCUUAAUCAUGUUACGAUUUGCAUAUUUAACUAUUCCGUUGAAAAAAAAUUCAAAUAGCUAUUUGAGCGGGCCCGAUAGUGAUUUUUUACGAUUAUUAGAAAGUACAAACGCAAAUAUACCCUCUUCCUAUGUGGAGUAUGCUCAACAUCUUAUAUUGCGAUCCAGGGGAUACGAAAAGAUUGACUUUAGAAAAAUACAAGCUGUCUUGUUUCUUAAGGCUUAUAGAAUGCAUUGUCCUGAGGAUGAAGAUAGGACGUCAGGAUCGAAUAUUCUUGUGGCAAUUGCUGCACAAAUGGCUAGGUUUCAUGGUUUGCAUAAGGAUCCUAGUGAUCUAACUGUCCUUACUAUUGACAAUAGUGAUAUUCACUUAUGGAGAAAGACUUGGGCGUCUCUCUUAUACGUUGAUGCUAUGCAGGCAUUCGAGUUCGGAAUGCCGUUGUUAGUACAAGAUGAUGGUAAUGGGACUAAAGAACCUUUCAGAGACCUCUUGAGUAACGAAUUUUGGUCAUCAAAUGAAACAAUAGCUAGUUCUUUCAAUAUUAAAUGUAUAGCAACACGCUUAUUGAGGAGAACGGUGAAAAUUCUUAACCAGGGAAACGAUUUUGCAAUGAUAUCCGAAGUGGAAGAAUUGUUAUCAGAAUUUGAUGACUUGUUGAACAAAAGAAUACGUCCGUUUGAAAUUUUAUACAAUUCGAGAGGUCUGGUUACUGAAAUGAUUGAAGCGGCGUACGAAAUUAUGCUUCGUUUGAUGAUUAUACAUAACAUGUUCACUCUACAAUAUUUGCUAUAUUUAUCAUCCACUGGACAAACCAAGGAAAAAUAUUUGCACCUUGUUGUUGAAAACAUUUUCAUUAUUCUUGGUGUUUCAAUCCAAUUUGCAAAAGACCCUUCUAGUGUAGUUGGUCCUGAAUUGGAAACCUUGAUUGCUCCUCAAAUCUGGAAUCCAGUGAAAACAGUUAUGUGCGUAGUUGGUGGACUUUUGAAUAGGGCUAUGAAGGGUGAAUUGUCAUUAAUAAAAGCAGCCGAAAAAUUAAAGUCUUCUAUAGCUACAGCAUUUUGGGCUAAUAUAAUGCACGAAAACAAUGAAGAAUGUCUUAAGAAUUUUCUUCGAGUAAUUGAACAGUUCUACGGAACAGCAGUUCAGCUUUCAGUGAAAUAUUUCCAUUGUUUUCUCCUCUGUUUCACAGCAAAACUUGUUUUGGAUUAUUUUAAAAACAAAUAUCCAGAAAUGAUGCAAAAUAAUUACUCGAUUGAUAAGAACACUGAUAAGGUACUAGGAAAUACAAUGCUGAUUGAUGAAUUCUGGAAUAGCACUGAUUUUGUCCUUGAUUGUACAUUUGAAGAAUUUUUGGCUCAUCUUAAUUACAAUGUGGAUCCUUUUAUCAAUGAUAUUAACUAA